CUUUCUCUUUCUUCCCACACCUGAAUUAAACCUCUCUCUCACUACCAUCAUGGCCAAAGGCGGAAAGCUCACAAAGAUCAAAUCUGUCCUCAAGAAAAUGCAGUCAUUCAAGCUCAGCCGUGGGAACGGCGGAAGUUCCAUCGCCGCCGCCGCCAGCAACUCCUUCUCGGAAUUCGACGGGUCGACGUCCUUCCCCGCCGCUUACAGCUGUUCGCCGUCCUCCAAGGACCUCCACACGGUCUACGUCGGAAAAUCGCGCCGCCGCUACUUGGUCGGCGCCGACAUUAUCGAACACCCGCUGUUCCGUGAACUGGCAGUGCAGUCCGGCGAGUCAAUCACUGUGGGGUGCGAAGUAGUGCUGUUCGAACACUUCCUAUGGAUGCUGGAGAAUGCAGAUCCCCAACCGGAAUCCCUGAACGAGCUAGUCGGGUUCUACGCUUGUUGAUUCUUUUUUGCAGUUCCGAUCAUUAAAUAACAUUUACACGGCGGCAAAGCCGCCGGAGCUGGUUCUCAUUGCGUGUUCCUCCCCGCCGGAUACACGACCUUUUCCAUAUAAGUUAUGUAUAUUACGGAGUAUUACAUUUGUACAUUCUUUUUCCCGUGAAAUAAAACAUUUCCAUUUAAUUGCAAUGGAAUACAUGUAAUACAUUGGCCGGUAAAUUCUCAAAAAGAAAAAUGUAUUGGCAGAUAAAAAAUACCGAUCUAUAUUUAAAAGUUCAUUGCAAUAGGUUUCU